CACACCCGUGUGUGUGUGAAAAACCUUCACAGCAGGUUUGUUUUUCUUCUCAAAAAAGAUAUUGGCAAGUGUCACACUAACAAUGCUGUGCUGUGGUGACUCCAGGAGAUGAUGUUUUGAAGGGAAAGAUCAAGGGUUUGACGGCGAGAUUACUGGACCGCACAGACAUCAACGUUGAAAUGACUGAAGAGGGGCCAUUGGAUGUUCUCGUCAUCACUGAGGAGGGAGACGCUGAAAGCGGGGCGACAGGCAGUUUGGUUGUGACUACACAGCGCUUCACCGGAGAGUCUCCUCAGAAAGAGGAAGAGGAGAAGAAUGAAGAUUUAGUCAGUAAAAUAUGUUUGAAUGAGCAGAGCUCGGAAAAGCAACACAGCGACACGGAGCGUGGCCAGAUGGGAAAGUACACUGAUGAUGGACAGAACAGAGAGGGGCUGACAGAUGAAAUGAGGAUUAAUGAAAGAUCUGAGGAAGCCUGCGACACAAACGAGGAAAAGGUCUCUCAAAAUGUCCCACAACUGGACAUAAAGAUGUUGAAAAUAUCAGAGCCACAUGAGGAUCCAAAAAAGACUCACCGCUUAACCCCUGACUUCCCAGACGCUCUGUACGAGCUGCUCUGCACCCUCCAGGAGGGACGGCGGCUCAACGACCAGCGCUGCUCCUUCAGGCUGGAGAGUGGCGUCCAGAGGCGGAGGUGCCACUCGGAGCCCAACACAAACAAACCGGCCAGAAGAGUCAUCUUCUCCUCCCUGACUUCGCUGCAAAAAGAGGAGUUUUUCGAGCUGGUGGCCACGGCACAAGCCCGCCGGCUCGACGACCAGAGGGCGCUGCUCGAAAGGUCCCCGCCACCCAAACCGAGGUUCAGAAGCUUCAGAGGCAGCAUCAAGCAGCUCUCCCUUGUGAGAAAGCCCGCACCAGUUCCUCCUGUGCCGAAAGAGGAUCUGUAUAAUAUGAUUCUCACGACACAGGCUCAGGGAAGACUGGAGGACCAGCGCAGCAGAGCUCCAGGUCCCAUGGACGACGAGGACUUCUUCUCCCUGCUCCUGAAGGUCCAGGGCGGACGCAUGGAAGAGCAGAGGACUGAACUCCCGUGCAUGCUGCAAACCUGAGAUGGAAAGAAUGGACUGUAUCGGGCUCACAUGGAGGCCAUUGCGGUAUUUUUUUUAAUCGUUUUAGCCCAGUUUCUUUUUUAAAAAGCAGGGUUUUUGUCUUAACCCUGAUGAUGGUGUUGGUCAGUGUUAAAGCUGUUGAGAAUGUUUGAGCAGCAGAGCUUUUACCACGACGUGAUCAAAUAUUGUGAACGUAUAUAUUUUUGUCGGUCAGAGUAAACAGGGUCAGUAAAUACUGGGUUUUUUUGGUCCAGGUUCUUGCCCUUUUUGUUUGAAUGUCUGUCAUGAGUGUUUGACUGGUUCCUGUUCUGGAUGCGGAUGAGGCAUGAGUGUACUCAUCUCUGCUGUUCUCAUUUUUUUCUUGAAUCUCCUCCACAAAUAAACAAAAACACAAUUGCA